AUGGUUGCCAGGAAACCUCACAAGACGCUAUCUUGGGCAGUACGGAGCUGCCAUGUGGAGAUUGUCAGCAUGCUUCUCGAGAAGGGUGCUGAUAUCCGUAGAUGGAGAAGGCGCGAGGACAACUGGAGACGGCGCGAGCAGGACCUUUUUAACUGGGCCUGCGAGACUGGUAUAGUGACCUGGUGGCAAUGA